GACGGGCUGCGGCGUUCUGGAUGAGUUGUAGGGGUUUAAUGGCACAGGCAGGGAGCCCAGCCAACAGCGAGUUGCAGUAAUCCAGACAGGAGAUGACGAGUGCCUGGAUUAGGACCUGCGCCGCUUCCUGUGUGAGGCAGGGUCGUACUCUGCGGAUGUUGUAGAGCAUGAACCUACAGGAACGGGCCACCGCCUUGAUGUUAGUUGAGAACGACAGGGUGUUGUCCAGGAUCACGCCAAGGUUCUUAGCGCUCUGGGAGGAGGACACAAUGGAGUUGUCAACCGUGAUGGCGAGAUCAUGGAACGGGCAGUCCUUCCCCGGGAGGAAGAGCAGCUCCGUCUUGCCGAGGUUCAGCUUGAGGGAUCCUGCCAAAAGCCUGUAGACAAGUACAUUGAAUAUGAUCCCGUCAUUAUUCUGAUUGAUGCCAUUUUAUGCAAAACUCAAGCAUUCAGACACAUUCUGUUCAACACUACAUUGAACAUUCACUGGAAGCUGUGCGUGUUUUGCCUGCUGUGUGAGGCCUACCUGAGGUGGUCACAACUUCAGGGAUCUGAGCAGAGCAAUGACCCUGCAGACAUCAUUAGAUACACCAAGGAAUGGGAUUUCUAUGGCAUGUUUGGGGUGGCAGCUCUUGAAUUGGGUGCGUUUUCUGUCGGAGUGCUGUCCUUCCUGUGGCUGGUUCAGUGGUUGCUUGGCUUUGACUUUGACCUGAGCUUACUGCUGAAAGCCCUCCUGCUGUCCAGCUAUGGCAAAGUCCUGCUCAUCCCUGCAGUCAUAUGGGAGCAUGACUACUCCCCGCUCUGCUUCAGCCUCAUCAAGCUGUUUGUGCUCACGUCCAACUCUCAAGCCAUAAGAGUCAUUCUAAACUGCAGCAGAAGGCUCUCCCUGAUGGCUGUGUGUGUGGGUCUGCUGUUAGAAACGUGCGUAGCCCAGGCGUUGCAGACGCUUCCAUGGAGCAUACAGGACAUCCUGCCGUUCCAGUGACCUGUUUCUGGCCAGUCCUGAAGAACACACUGUUACAAUGGCACCUAUUACACCCUGGACCAGAGUGGUGAGGAGAGACUGGCAGUGCUGUGUGGAGUGUGCCUAGUGAUAUACAUUGAUUUCCAAAAGUAUUUGGACAGUGACAGUUAUUUGGAGGGGGGGGGGGCUCUAUUACAACACUUUGGAUUUGAAAUUAUACAAUGACUGAUGUUAAAGGCCCAGUGCAGUGAAACAUUCUUUUUUUCCUGUUUUGUAUCAUAUUGUACAACUGCUGAUGAAACUGACACUGUAAUAAUAUAAACAAUUAUAUCAGUGUUAUUUCCUGAUUUGCUAGUUUUCUCUUCCCUACUCAGACCACUCCCAGAUUGUCCUAGCAGAAUUCCUGCUUGAGAAAUAUUUGUUUGCUAAAAAAACUAUUUUUGUUAAUUUUGAUGGAAAACUAAUACAGUAAGGUACCUAAUUUUUACCCAGAAAUGAUUUUAUAUUGUUCUAAAAAAAAUAGUUGCAUUGGGCCUUUAAAGUUCAGACUGUCGGCUUUAAUUUGAGGCCAUUUUCAUAUCAGUUGAACCAUUCAGAAAUUACAGAACUUUUUGUACACUGUCCCCCCGUUUUAGGAAACCAAAAGUAAUUGGACAAAUUCACUUAUGUGUAUUAAGGUAUUCAAAACUUUAGUAAUUGUUCCCAUAUUCCUAGCAUGAUAUGACUAGAUCAAGCUUGUGACUCUACCAACUUGUUGGAUACAUUUGCAGUUUGUUUUGGUUGUGUUUCAGAUUAUUUUUUGCCCAAUAGAAAUUAAUGGUAAAUAACGUAUUGUCAUUUUGGAGUCACUUUUAUUGUAAAUAAGAAUAGAAUAUGUUUCGGAAGAGUUCUACAUUAUUGUGGAUGCUACCAUGAUUAUAGAUAAUCUUCAUCGUAAUUAAUCGUAAAUAAUGAUGAAUGACAGUUACAGAAGAACAAGUAUCAUACCCCCCAAGACAACCUCUGACCAUUACAAUAACAGGGCAGGUUAGCAUUUUUUGGGGGGGUAUGAUAUUUAUGCCUCUAACUUUCUCACUCAUCAUUAUUCACGAUUCAUUCAGGAUUAUCUGUAAUCAUGGUAGCAUCCGCAUUAAUGUAGAAGUGUUUGGAAACAUAUUAUAUUCUUAUUUACAAUAAAAGAGACUCCAAAAUGAUACACAAUACAUUAUUUGCCCUUCAUUUCUAUUGAAGCACAACCAAAACAAACUGCAAAUGCAUCCAACAAGUUUGUAGAGUCACAAGCUUAAUGUAGUUAGUCAUUGAGUGCUAGGUACCAAAUACUAAACUGCUGAUACACAUAUAAGUGAAUUUGUCCAAAUACAUUGGUUCCUUACAAGGGAGGGACUAUGUACAAAAAGUGCUGUAAUUUUGAAACGGUUCACCCAAAACAUUUAUAAUAGUCAAAUAAAAAAGCUGAUAGUCUACAUUAACUGCAAUUUAACCUCAUAGUCAUUGUAUCAUUUCUAAUCCAAAGUGAUGGAGUACAGAGCCAAAACAACAAAACAUGUGUCACUGUCCAAACACUUCUAGGCAAAUACUGACACUAUGGACCUAACAACAACAACCUCUCUGUUGGGAUUGGAGUUACUGAGGCCACGGGACAUUCCUGAGGCUAUUUGUCCAAAUAUCUACCACUAUAGAAAGCGAGGUAGCACAUAGUGAACGUAUUCUUAAUUCCAUGCAAUGCCAAAAACCACAAGCUGUGUAUAAGCAAAACCUACUUUGAUAUGGAACAGGUGUGUGUGUGUGUGUGUUACAGAAAGAAUUUGCAUUGAUGGGCUACACAGUAAUCACAUUUAUAGUCUUAAAUUGUUUUGAAUUUAAGAUGUAAAAAAAAGAGCAAUACUCUCUUGGUGAUCAAGCCUGUCUGAUUAAGACUAGGAACCGUGGAAUGAUAAGCAUUUGACACACAUGCUCACAGAGGCUGGCUUUAUGUGCUAAGGCCCCUUGAGACCAUCUAAUCGGUUAUGUAGUGCAUAGCCAGAUAUCAGUCUGCAUAUUUCCUGACCAAAGCCAGCUGCUUUGUUGGUAUUUCUUAACUGUAUAAAGCACAUAAAUCUGUCCACUGGAAAUGCUGUUGUUGUAUGCAGACAGAGCCUAAAGUCAGUGUGACUAAAAGUAUAUUUUUGAUAACUCACUGAUUUUUUUCCAGCAGGUCUCAUUUGUUGUUUCUCUCUUCCUUUUUUUACAGUGAUAAAAAAGUAUAAAAAAAAUACAUGUUUCUCAUUCCUGCCAUAACUCGGGUUCAAAUGUAAUGCCAAGAUGCAUGGUGUGCUCACAAGUUGUAACAGGACUUUACAUUGUUGAGUGAACUUUGCCUUGGAAUGUUUUGUUUGGUAUCUUUACCCGGAUACCUCAACUGGAUCUGAGCAUCUGUCAGUCUGAAUGGUCCAGGAUGACAAACAGUCAUUGUUUUUAGACCGCACGCCUUGCAAGCAAAUGUGGAAUGAGAGGAGAGAAGAUUUAAAAGGUGUAUCCUGAAUAAAUACUGAGUAUCGGUAUCUUUAUAAAAUCAAGAAGGCAUGUCAAUUAGUAGCUAACAACCUGUAGCCUGCAGAGUUCUCAGGGCACAUACUGUUAAAACCAAUAAACAGAGAUCUCCUAAAGCCUUGCGUGCUGACCCAGCCCAGUGUUUUCAAACAGUGGGAACGUGUUAUGAAAGGCCUCAGGUGGUCGCGGGUAAUUGUAGAUCCAUGCUUUGAAAGAUUCCACUGCUUGUGAAAUUGACCGAUGUGCCUUAAGGACAUGUCAAAACUGGUUUUAAACCCCUGUAAUAAUCCUUCCAAAUAAAAUACACAUACCUAGCUCAGUGUUGGUAAUUGAGAAAGUCAGUGUUCCAGCAAGCUGGUGGGUGAGAUUAGCAAGCUUGUAGUGAGUGUUGUACUAGCAUUAUUCAACCUGAGGGGUAUACUACAAAGCAGCAUCGAGUUAGCCAGUUAUCUUGCCUAAAUAUUCUGAUAUAUAUACAGUGUAUUCGGAAAAUAUUCAGACCCCUUGACUUUUUCCACAUUUUGUUAUGUUACAGCCUUAUUCUAAAAUAGAUUUUUUUUAAUCCUCAUAAAUGUACACACAAAACCCCAUAAUGACAAAGAGAAAUCAGGUUUUUAGACAUUUUGCGAAUUUACUCUAUUUUGCGAAUGAGUCAUUAAAACUCAUUUUUCAACCACUCCACUAGUUUCUUGUUAACAAACUAUUGUUUUGUCAAAUCUGUUAGGACAUCUACGUUGUGCAUGACACAAGUCAUUUUUCCAACAAUUGUUUUACAGUCAGAUUAUUUCACUUAUAAUUCACAAUUCCAGUGGUUCAGAAGUUUACAUACACUACUAUGCCUUUAACAGCUUGGAAAAUCUCAGAAAAUUAUGUCAUGGCUUUAGAAGAUUCUGCUAGGCUAAUUGCCAUCAUUUGAGUCAAUUAGAGGUGUACCUUUGGGUGUAUUUCAAGGCCUACCUUCAAACUCAGUGCCUCUUUGCUUGGCAUCAUGGGAAAUUCAAAAGAAAUCAGCCAAGACCUCAGAAAAUAAAUUGUAGACCUCGACAAGUCUGGUUCAUCCUUGGGAGCAAUUUCCAAACGCCUGAAGGUACCACGUUCAUCUGUACAAACAAUAGUACGUAAGUUUAAACACUAUGGGUCAACACAACCGUCAUAUCGCUCAGGAAGGAGACGUGUUCUGUCUCCUAGCGAUGAACCUACCUUGGUGCGAGAAGUGCAAAUCAAUCCCAGAACAACAGCAAAGGUCCUUGUGAAGAUGCUGGAGGAAACCGAUACUAAAGUAUCUAUAUCCACAGUAAAACGAGUCCAACAUCGACAUAGCCUGAAAGGCCGCUCUGCAAGGAAGAAGCCACUGCUCCAAAACCGCCAUAAAAAUACCAGACUACAGUUUGGAACUGCAAAUGGGGACAAAGAUUGUACUUUUUGGAGAAUUGUCCUCUGGUCUGAUGAAACAAAAAUAGAACUGUUUGGCCAUAAUGACCAUUGUUAUGUUGGGAGGAAAAGGGGGGAUGCUUGCAAGCCGAAGAACACCAUCCCAACCGUGAAGGACGGGGGUGGCAGAAUCAUGUUGUCGGGUUGCUUUGCUGCAGGAGGGACUGGUGCACUUCACAAAAUAGAUGGCAUCAUGAGGAUAGAAAAUUAUGUGGAUAUAUUGAAGCAACAUCUCAAGACAUCAGUCAGGAAGUUAAAGCUUGGUUGCAAAUGGGUCUUCCAAAUAGACAAUGACCCCAAGCAUACUUCCAAGGUUGUGGCAAAAUGGCUUAAGGACAACAAAGUCAAGGUAUUGGAGUGGCCAUCACAAAGCCCUGACCUCAAUCCUAUAGAAAAUGUGUGGGCAGAACUGAAAAAGCAUGUGCGAGCAAGGAGGCCUACAAACCUGAGUCAGUUACACCAGCUCUGUCAGGAGGAAUGGGCCAAAAUUCACCCAACUUAUUGUGGGAAGCUUGUGGAAGGCUACCCUAAACGUUUGACCCAAGUAAAAAAAAUGUAAAGGCAAUACUACCAAAUACUAAUUGAUUGUAAGUAAACUAAUGACCCACUGUGAUGAAAUAAAUAAAUAAAAGCUGAAAUAAAUAAUUAUUUCUACUAUUAUUCGGACAUUUCACAUUCUUAAAAUAAAGUGAUGAUCCUAACUGACCUAAGACAGGGAAUUUUUAUUAGGAUUAAAUAUCAGGAAUUGUGAAAAACUGAGUUUAAAUCGAUUUGGCUAAGGUGUAUGUAAGCUUCCGACUUCAACUGUAAGUAUUCAGGCCCUUUGCUAUGAGACUCGAAACUGAGCUCAGGUGAAUCCUGUUUCCAUUGAAUGUCUUUGAAAUGUGUCGACAACUUCAUUGGAGUCCACUUGUGGUACAUUAAAUUGAUUGGAGCUGAUUUGGAAAGGCAUACAUCUGUCUAUAUAUGGUUCCACAGUUGACAGUGCAUGUCAGAGCAAAAACCAAGCCAUGAGGUCGAAGGAAUUGUUUGUUGAGCUCCAAGACAAUAUUCUGUCGAUGCACAUAUCUGGGGAAGGGUACCAAAAAAUAUCUGCAUUAUUGAAGGUCCCCAAGAACACAAUCGCCCCCAUCAUUCUUAAAUGGAUGGAGUGUGGAACCACCAAGACUCUUUCUGGAGCUGGUUGCCCGGCCAAACUGAGCAAGGACCCGUUGGUCACUCUGACAUAGCUCUAUAGUUCUAUAAACCAUCUUAAUUGGUUUGAGGUCAGGUGAUUGUGGAGGCCAGGUCAUCUGAUGUAGCAUUCCAUCACUCUCCUUCUUGGACAAAUAGCCCUUACACAGCCUGAAGGUGUGUUGGGACAUUGUCCUGUUGAAAAACAAAUGAUAGUCCCAAUAAGCGCAAACCAGAUGGGAUGGCGUAUCGCUUCAGAAUGCUGUGGUAGCCAUGCUGGUUAAGUGUGCCUUGAAUUAUAAAUAAGUCACUGACAAUUUCACUAGCAAAGCACCCUCACACCAUCUCACUUCCUCCUCCAUGCUUCAUGGUGGGAACCACGCAUGCGGAGAUGAUCUGUUCACCUACUUUGCGUCUCACAAAGACACGGCAGUUGGAACCAACAGUCUCAAAUUUGGAAUCAUCAGACCAAAGGACAGAUUUCCACCGGUCUAAUGUCCAUUGCUUGUGUUUCUUGGCCCAAGCAAGUCUCUUCUUCUUGUUGGUGUCCUUUAGUAGUGGUGUCUUUGCAGCAAUUCGACCAUGAAGGCCUGAUUCAUGCAGCCUCCUCUGAACAGUUCAUGUUGAGGUGUGUCUGUUGCUUGAGCUCUGUGAAGCAUUUAUUUGGGAUGCAAUCUGAGGUGCAGAUAACUCUAAUGAACCUAUCCUUUGCAGCAGAGGUAACUCUGGGUCUUCCUUUCCUGUGGCAGUCCUCAUGAGAGCCAGUUUCAUCAUAGUGCUUGAUGGUUUUUGCAUCUGCACUUGAAGAAACUUUCGAAGUUCUUCAAAUUUUCCGGAUUGAUUGACCUUCAUGUCUUAACGUAAUAAUGGAUUGUUGUUUCUCUUUGUCUACUUGAGCUGUUCUUGCCAUAAUAUGGACUUGGUCUUUUACCAAAUAGGGCUAUCUUCUGUAUACCACCCUUACCUUGUCACAACACAACUGAUUGGCUCAAACACAUUAAGAAGGAAAUAAAUUCCACAAAAGGGUGGCUACUUUGAAGAAUCUCUAAUAUAUAUUUAGAUUUGUUCAACACUUUUUUGGUUACUACAUGAUACCGUAUGUGUUAUUCCAUCGUUUUGAUGUCUUCACUGUUAUUCUACAAUGUAUAAAAAAAUAGUCAAAUAAAGAAAAAUCCUUGAAUGAGUAGGUGUGUCCAAACUUUUGACUGGUACUGUAUAUUUUUUUAAGAUAAGAUUGAAAUGGGUAUGGUCUAAUUGAUUAAAAAAAACAUGUACACUAUA